AUGAAGCGGGUACUGCUCUGGAUCGUCUCCGGCCACUACGUCGACGACUUCAACGGCGUCGACCUGGACGAGCUAGCGCCCGGCGCCUUUGAGGGGAUGGCGGAGUUCCUCGACCAGCUCGGCUUGCAGACGAAGCCAUCGAAGGCACAGAAGCCGGCGACAGAGCACAUUGUUCAAGGCGUGCUCGUGUCGAUCAGUCGGACUGGCGUGGUGCUGCAGCCCACCCCGGCGAGACUGCAGAAGGUUCUCACCACCAUCGACACAGCCCUGGCGGAGAACGAGUUGGCACCCGACGUCGCCAGCCGCCUGGCGGGAUGCCUCAACUUCGUGACACAGUCCACCUUUGGCGCCGUCGGCAAGGCGGCGCUGCAACCGGUGUACUCCAGGGCACACGACGCGGCAGCAGCGUCGAACACCAGCCUGUCGAUGGGACUACGGGCGGCACUGUUGUCGCUCCGGCACCUCCUGGCGAACAUCCAGCCCAAGACGGUCCCCUUUGUCGAUGACGGCAUGCCCCAGGCGAUCAUUUACGCGGAUGCCUUCUACAAGCUCGGCGAGGUGCUGGCGCUGGUCACGAUGGGCCGACGUCUUCCCCAACGGUGGCUGGCGUUCAUCGACAACGUCGCCGGCCAGUGGGCCCUCACCAAAGGCUAUGGUAAGGACCCGGCGGUGAACGGCAUCCUGGCGUCCUUUUGGGCCACGGCCUCCCUGUCGGAUUGGCUGCCCGAUUUCAGGCGGGUACCGUCGAAGGCCAACGUCGCUGAUGCGGUGUCCAGGGGCGACUUGUCUGCGGCGCACCGGCACGGAUGGACGAGGGUCCAGACGCCGGUCGC